GGCUUUGGAGAGUGCUCUGAAGGGAGGGUGGGAUGUUAUGAUUUGAAAGCUAGCUCGCUAUUGCUAGCUUCUCCGAAAAUGUUCUAUUGCACCUUUAUUUCUAUGCAGGACUUUAAACGGAUUUUAUGUCCAGUCUAGUCUUACAAGCUUAGCUGGUGCAACCGGCCCCUAUUGAAUAGUAACUAAUUAACUAAUUCUUUGAAGGUAAUGCCCCUUUCCAUUUAAUGAUUGUUAAAUAAACUUUCAAACAAGGACAAAGUCUGUGCUUGUAGUUGGAUGACUUGCACUCCAUUCAACAUAAGUUAACCUGGUAGAUUUUCCAAAAUACACAAUGAUGGGUACUAUAAAUGGACAGGUUUUUCAGGUGCUUGGUCCAAUCAUGCUAACCCUCUUUCUGACGACUGUCCCAGUUGUUCGGAGUGGGAAGGUUCUUGUCUUUCCCGUGGCUGGCAGUCACUGGAUCCACAUGAACAUCUUGGUUGAAACACUUCAUGCCAAAGGACACGAAGUUACAGUCAUUCGGAUAGCAGACAGCUGGUACAUCAAAGAAUUCUCACCUCAUUACACAUCAAUCAAUCUCAAGUUUGAAGGAGGAUUUAGUGAAGAAUUACUUGAGACAUUUACAUCUAGACUAAUGGGAAUUAUGAGGGAGGGUUCAAUCUGGGCUCGUCUGAAGCUGGACAUAAUAAUGUGGAAAAGUUACUUAGGGAUGCUUGAAGUAGAAAACAAGAUUAUAAUCAACAUGUUUGAAGACCAGCAGCUAAUGCAGUCCUUAAAAGAUUCCAAAUAUGAUUUGAUUCUAACAGAUCCAGCCAUGUUUGGAGGUGUCCUAUUGGGUCAUUAUCUCAAACUGCCCAUUGUCUUCAAUGUCCGUUGGACAGUUUACAGCGAGGCUCAUUUUGUAAUAGCUCCUUCACCACUUUCUUAUAUUCCUGCUUCAAUGCUGGAGUUAUCAGACCGCAUGACUUUCUUGGAAAGAGUGAAGAAUGUUGUGAUGUACAUCAUACCAGAAAUACAGCUAGCUAUAAUGAUUACUCCAAAUUAUAAUGCACUUUGUAAACGUUUCAUUGGCCCAGGAACAUCCUACUUUUCUUUACUUCAGGGUGCUGAUCUGUGGCUCCAUAGAGCUGAUUUUAUUUUUGAAUUCCCACGUCCCACUAUGCCAAACAUUGUCUACAUUGGAGGUUUUCAGUGCAAGCCAUCAAAGCCUCUUCUACAAGACCUUGAGGACUUUGUACAGAGCUCUGUUGAGCAUGGUGUCAUCAUUAUGUCUCUGGGCACUCUCUUUGGUCAGCUUCCUGAUGAUGUGGCUGAGGCAAUUGCUGAAGCUUUUGCAGAACUUCCACAGAAGAUCAUCUGGAGGUACAAAGGAAAGAGACCAUCUGCACUGGGGAACAACACCUUAAUGAUGGACUGGAUUCCUCAGAAUGAUCUUUUGGGUCAUCCUAAAACCAGAGCCUUUGUGACACAUGGAGGAACCAAUGGAAUUCAAGAAGCCAUCUACCACGGGGUGCCAAUCAUUGGAUUUGGGCUGAUUUUUGACCAGCAUAGUAAUCUUUUAAAUAUGAGAGUAAAGGGUGUAGCCAAGAAUGUAGACUUUGCCACAGUGGAUAAGGACUCCUUUCUUAAAACUGUUAAAGAGGUUCUUCAUGAGCCCUCUUAUAGGGAGAACAUGCAGAGGCUCUCAAGGCUUCACAAGGACGUCCCAUUGAAGCCUCUGGACAACGCCAUCUUCUGGAUUGAGUUUGUUAUGAGGCACAAAGGUGCUGCUCACUUGCACACACACUCUUACAAAAUGCCCUGGUACUCUUAUCACUCUGUUGAUGUCAUACUGUUUCUGCUUUCUGCCGUGUCACUCAUAAUCCUGAUCAUAUAUACGGUUAUCAAAUAUUUCUGCUGCAGAAUAUGCAUGAGAAAAACAAAAAACAAGCUACAGUAAUGAGGAUGAGGUUUUAGGAUGUGCAUUACUUUCCUACUUUCCUUUUUUACAGUAUGUUUAUAGCUUUAUAAAGCAUUUUUCGUCAAUGGAAAACAACAAAAAUAUUUCAUUACUUGACAUAGUAAACAUGUCUUAUUCUGAAUGUCACAAGCAGUAGUGACACUUCCAUUUGGGCAGCCUGUGAUUGUGAUUAUGUACUGCUCAUGAGCACAGUGGUGGUAGAUGUUUCCAGUUUAUGAUUCACAUAUUUGACCUUUGUGUUAGCAGCCCAGAUUAGGAUAUAAUUUUAGAUCCCCCAAAGCAGACUUUUCUAGUACAAGUAUCACUUCUCUUGUUUGUGUUUUAUCAGUCUGUAUAAAAGUGGUAGGAUUUUUCAUUACUUUUCUCAUUUGUGUUCGCUCAGGUCUCAUUGGCCAAUAUACUGACUUGGUUAUGAAACAUUCAUUUUUUAUUUUUUUUAUACGGUCUUUAACCAUUGAACAUGCGUGUCAUGUCCUUUGCGACAUCUCGCACAUGACACAGCAUUUGAAUUUGGAAAAGAAACACAAAACUGAUGAUAGCCGCUCUGGUGGAGAACAGUGACUGGAUCUAACACCUUCAGAUGACACGCAGCUCAUAUGUCCAUUGCAGUAAGUUACCGAAAGCGAAACCACACACAAAACACCUUAGCAGAGCUGCUUGUGUGGCGCUCUGUCACAUCAGUCAGUGUGAAAGAACCGCUCUGCUAAGGUGUUUUGUGUGUGGUUUCGCUUUUGGUAACUUACUGCAAUGGCCAGUGCGAUUCUGUUCACACAGCACAAAUAUUCUGAGAAUGUAGUUGUGAACCAUGGCUUCUUGGGGCUUAUUGCUUUAGUAGAACCCUCCUCACUCUCCAAGAACUGUAGUCAUCCAGAGUGAGUAAAAGGGCUGGUAAAAUCAUUCUGGUCCCCUCACACCCAGGCCACUUUCUCUUUGAACUGUUGCUGUCUGGUCGGAGCUACAGAGAACUAGAACAGGCAGACAAGAAAAGUUUCUUUCCUCAGGCCUAUCUCAUGAACAGUUACAGUUUUUCUCAGUAGAUUUGACACAUUUCUCCAAAGUAAUGUAACUGCUCUCAAAACAGUUGACACAGAGACCUUAGCCAAACAGUUCAACUUUACUGCAAAAUAAAUAAGUAAAUACUAACAUCAACAUACACAGGUGUAUUGUCUUUAGAAUAUUUUCGGCUGUGGAUGUACAAAUACAAUAACAAAAAUACAUGGUUUUUGGUACAUUUUUUUCAAGAGGUUUUAUGUCAUUGACAAAUAACAAUUCAAAACAAAAAAAAUAUUUUCAAAAUUGUUGAAAUGCAUAAUAUUGAGUCAUGAAAUGAAGCUCUAGCGCAAGUUCUGCCGGGAAGACUCAAAUGUUACAUCACUUAUUAGUUCAGAUCAUAGACUGUAAAAAAAUAUGGACGUAGUGUCCGUGACGUUACCCAAAGAUUUCUGAAAAGCAGUUUUGAAGCAAAAAUGAGGCCGCUGCCAUCUUAGCUGCGCGUCACCGCACGUCAAAUUAAAAUUGUGAGAUAACGCAGAACUGUUUUACUUGGUCUAGUGUCAUGCUAUCAUACUAAUCUGCAUUUGAGCAUGCUUAAAGUUGUAAUGCUGUUCUGUGUAUUAGUCUGUUGACUGUAAGCUAGAUCAAAUUCUAAUAUCAUCCUGAUGAUAUUCUAACAUUUCAUCGAAUGCGAAGAUCGAUUGCGCCGAUCCCCUAUAAUGAUCCAUAUCGGUUUUCUGUGUUCGCGUUACCUAAGCCAUAAGCACUGUAUGCACUAGGACUUUUGACAUAAUCCCGUGUGUGCGUGUCCGUCUAAGCACAAAUAGAUGGUAAAGUGAGCGCUUUUUGGUGUUCACAGAAAUAGUGUGCUCAUCUGUCAGGACCUAAACACAUGCAACUUUGGUCUAAACACUGCAAUUUCUGCGACGUGACUAUUGUGGAUACGCUCAUCGCAAUGGUGCAGCCUACCGCAUUUCGAAUAUCAGAAUUACUUUGCGCUCAGUACUCUGCCCCUGCCUGGUUAUAAGCAUUUCGCUUGUGCUUAUCGUUCCCCCAUCUCCUGUGCAGGGCACUUUACAGUGUUGUGGAAAUUUUAAUUUUUCAUAUGAUUUUUACCUGUAUUCUUGUGAAAUAUGAAGCUUAUGGAACAUGGUAUGAUGUUGGCUUAAGUGGUAAUGUUUAACAUAGUGUUAACAUAGAU